AUGCCAGAAGAGGGUGCAUUCGGCGUACAACGCGGCGUCGAUGUCAACCCCGACCACCUCGCCGGCCAGGGGGUGGUCGAGCCUGCUUGUGCUGCUGAUGACGCGGCGCCGCAGACCGCGGAGCAGCUUGCGGCUGCAGCCGUGCCUGAGAGCACCGAGGAGCUCCCGGCCGCCGCACAGCCUACGGCGAGCAGCCCGACAAGGGUCGAGGAGGCUACGGGGAUGCCUCCCCCGAGUAACGCCACAGAAGAGGAGGGCAGAGCCCCGACCCCUCCCCCCGUCGAAGGGAGGGAGGUCCCCACGCCGCCCCGGGCAGGAGCCACUUCGACUGCAGGCUCCCCGGGGCUGGUCCAGGGGCCUGUGUGCUCGGACGCUGGUUCGGACCCCUUGGCACUCAGGGGUAUCGGGGAGCCGGUCUAG